CGACUCUCUCGACUACACCUGCAACUCCCACAUUCGCAUCCACAUCCGCAUCCGCAUCCACACCCACCCCGGCCCCAUCCACAUCCACUCCGUCCCCUCUCGCACGCCCCCUCUUUCUUCCCAUCGGCGCACUUUUCUCUGGUUCGCAGCACCAACCGCUCUCCAGCCAGCUCCAUUGCGCCGAUACAAGACGUUUCCCUCCCACACCCGUCGCGGCCGGUCAUAGCGCGCGCAAGCACGUCCAACCGACCGCACCGCGAUCUCCUGCACUUCGGACACCGUCGUACGCCACUGCGGGGCCUCUUCGCACUAUGGCAGCCCCGCCAACCCAGCCGAGCUUGGACGCGCUCGUGAGCAAGUUUCCAGCGUUGCUCCAGCCGCACGAGAAGAACCUCCCAGAUGAGCAAAAGGCUCUUCUCGUGAAGAAACGAGUGCAGCAACUCGUGCAGAAGCAGCAGCUUCAGCGCAAGGGUCAGCUCGACGCACUCCAACAGCAGCAGAAAGCUCAGCAGGCGCAGAUGCAGGCCGCAGCGGGAGGUGUGGCAGCGAACGGUGGCGUUGUCCGUCCGCUGAACGCUCAAGCCGGGCCCAGCCAAGCCAACCAAAGCCCCCGCGUGGGAAUCGCGCAGUCACAGAUGAACGGACAGCAGCAGAUGCAGAUGAAUCCCCAAAUGAUGGCGCACCUGCAGGCCCAGCAACAGGCAGCUGCUCAACAGCAAGGGCAACAGCAGUUCCAGAACCUGUUGGCCCAGCAGCGCUUGCAACAACAGCAGAUGCAGCAGCAAGCUCAACAGCAGGGCACCCCGCAGCAGCAGGCGCAGCGUCUCCCAUCACAACCUGGUGUCGGAACCGGGGUCGGCACUCCCAUGGCCAACCAGCUCGCAGCAAGUAUAGCAACUCCCUCGCCCCAGGCGCACCAGAGCCCCGUGGUCAACCCUGGUGUGCUGGGUGCGUCGCCAGUUGCUACUCGCAUGCAGUCUGCCCCGAGCGGAGGUGCGGGCCCAGGAAUGAGCAACGCAGGAACACCUGGUCCGAGCCACACAUCUGCGCCUCCCAACCUGAACAUCUUCGGCGCUGACCCAACAACGCUCGUCCACCGGAUGCCAGCACUGCUGAAGCUGCGCAGUGAAGGCGGGAUGACCCCCGAAAUGCAGAAGACUUUCGACCAGUUGAUCGCCCAACCAGAGGUCAAGACCUACCUCCAGAACAUCCAGAACCAAGCGAAUGCGAUGCGACAGAACCUGGCCGGUGCAGGAGCAAAUGCUGCAGGACAGUCGCCAUCACAGCAACAGACGGCAUUGUUGGCACAUCAGCAAGUUGCCCUUCUUCAGCGCCAAAAGCAACAGCAGCAGCAGCAGCAGCAGCAGCAACAGCAACAGCAGCUUCAACAGCAGCAGCAGCAACAACAGCAACAGCAGCAACAGCAACAGGGGCUGGCUCGUCAACAGCUCCAGCAGCGACAGGUUCAGCAGCAACAGCAACAGCAACAGCAGCAGCAGCAGCAACAACACGCGCAGCCACAGCAGCAACAGGCCCAGCAGCAACAGCUUCAGCAGCAGCAGCAGGCAUUUGUCGGACUCGCUGGCCUCACUCCUGAGGCGCUGGCGCAGUUGACACCACAACAACUCGUUCAACUGGCACAGUCGCAGCAGCAGUUGCAGCAACACGGACAAUCCUUCCUUACUCCGCAACAGCAGCAGCUCCUGCAUAAUCAGCUCCUGCAAAGCAACAACCCUCAGCAGCUGCUUCUGGCUCGGCAACAGGCCCUCGCCCAGCAACAUCAACAGCAGCAACAGAACGCCAGAACGCCCAACCUGGGCGCAGCAUCUCUUCCGAACCAAGGCAACAACUUCCUCCAGAAUCUUCCUCCUCAGCAGGCUGCUCAGGCAUUCCAGGCUGCUCAGCUGGCGCAGUUCAUCCAGCAACAGCAGGCUCAGGCUCAGGCUGCUGGGUUGACGCCUGCGCAGGUCCAUCAGUUUGCCCAGCAGGCUUUGAUGCAAGCGCAGAACCAGGCCGCCCAAGCCCAGGUGCAGGCGCAGGUGCAACCCCAGGCAAACGUGCCCAAUCAGAUCAACAACUUUGGGCCACCGCGUCCGCCACAGCCUCAGCCUCAGCAACAGGCGCAGAUACACGAGAUCAGACAGAGAUUGGCGUCAAUGAACGAGGGCGACAGACAGAGAGCGUUUGAGAAGAACCCAAAGCUGAAGGCGCUAUACUACAGCAACCUGAAUCUUCAAUCGCAGCAGCUCAUGCAGCAACAGCAGCAGCAGUUACAGCAAGGCCCCCAUGCGCUCCAGGCUGCCCAACUCGCCCAACAACAGGCCCAGCAACAACAACAGCAGCAACAGCACCAGCAGCUACAGCAGCAGGUGCAGCAGCCUCCGCAGCAGCAGCUACAGCAGCCACCACAACAGGCUCAGCAGUUACUGGCCCCUCAGCCCGGGAUCCUCCCUCAGCAAUCGAUGCAACAGCACGCAGGUACCCCGAAGCUCCAGCCUCAAGGGCCCCCGCAGAACGCCCAGCCGCCCAUGCCGGGGCCGGGCGGCAUGCCCAUGCAGGCGAACGCAUCCAUGAUGCAGGCGCGCCCGGGUACGCCGAUGGGCGGUUUCCCUGUCAUCAACAGCACGCUCCCAAAUCUUCAGAUACCUCCGGGCAAGCAGCGCGGAAUAGCGGCAGGCCAGCAGCCUGGCACCCCUAGCUCGGCGGCAGGGUCAGCUCCAUCUCCGCAGAUCCGUAACCAGCUGCCCAUUGCUGCAGCCGCAGCCGCAGUCGCUGCUUCACAGCAGGGCUCGCCCGCCGCGCAAAGGCUUUUCCAGCAAGGGAUCCCUAUCGCCGCGCCCAUGCCGGCCAAUGUUCGUCCUCCGGGGCAACUCCCUGUUCCCCCCGGCACUCAAGUGACGCCCAUGCACAUCCUGUCCGAUCUGGACAAGCGCGGGGCCUUGCCGACCGCCCAGCCUCCACCGGGUAGGGCGACAAACGACAUCAUACCAGCUGCGCUGGAUCGCACUGGCUCAUUGUUGUCCAAGACGACAUGGGCGCCGACGGCCGAGAGCGAUGCCGCGCUCCGCAGUAAGCUCAACGAGUCGUUCAUGCUGCCCGGUCGGCAGACUGCCCGUGCCACUCUGAUUGAGGGCAUGAGCACUGUGCCUGUCCUCACCAAUGUGCUCGGCGAGCGCCUUCCUGCCGAUCUGCGUCUUCUUGCGGAGGGUGAUGUCGAGACCAAAAAUGACGCGCUGGACGCCAAGGGCAAGAAGCACGACCUCGAGGGCGCAGGCAUGCCGGGUGCCAAGAAGCAGAGGGUUCAGGAGUUUGCCGAGACCAUUGACAAGUCUCUCGAGAUUGACAAACCAGUUGAGGAUAUCUUCCUCUCACUGUCGGACGAAUACGUAGACCUUUUGGCACAGACGACGUGCCAGUUCACCAAGCAUCGCGGUGCCACAACCAUCGACCGUAAGGACGCGCAACUCGCGUACGAGAGCAUCUUUGGUCGUACCCUGCCGGGCUUCUCAUCAGACGCGAUACGCCUCGACCAGGCGCGGAGCUCGCGACGGGCCCCAACUUCCCAGCAGCGCCAGGGAAAGCUCAAGCUCGUUGCGGACGCCAAGGCCCAAUGGCGGCGCGAGAAGGAGGAGGCGGCCAAGGCGGCCGAGGAGGCGACCGCCAAGGCGCAGGCGCAUGCCGCGCUCAACGGCACCAUGAACGGCGAGAUGAAGGAAGACGCGACGACGACCGUCGCGCCUACCGCCCUCAACACCGCCGUUGGGACGGCGCAGACGUCAGCUGUGACGACUCCCGCGCCCGGGCUCGCAUCGCUAGGCGUUGGCACCGAGACACCCACUGCCCCACCGGCUGCGCCAGUGGUUGUCGCUCUAUGAGUUCCUUUGACAUCGACAUGUGCUGUAUUGUUGUGUUCAGCCGAUUAUUAUCCACUGUAUUAUGUACAUGACAAGCAUGCAUAGUCCUAAUCACGUCCG